AUGUACACAGUUGGUUCUCGACUAUGUAUUUCAGAUGAGUUAUGUACUAUACGAUAUGUUGGUGAGAUCGAUGCAUGGCCUGGCAUAGUUGCCUAUGGAGUCGAAUGGGAUAAUACAAGUCGAGGUAAACACUCUGGGACUGUUGGUGGCAGACGUUACUUUAGAACAGAAGUUGCAAAUUCUGGAUCCUUCAUUAAAGAAAGCAAAUUUCUUGAUUCUGUGCAGCCAGCUCAGAGUUUUGUCACAGCUCUUAAGGCUAGAUAUGGGGAUAUUCUCAAUGAUGUUGGUAACUUCAAGCUGGGCACAAAGAAGGUUGAAUCGUUUGGUUUUGAAAAACUAGGUAUCAGAAACAGAGAAUUUAGAGAGUUAAAAAGAGUUUCUCUUAGCCGCUGUAAAGUUGGUGAUCGCUUAGAAGAAAACGAACAAGAUAAUAUCAAACAGCUGGCCGUCAAUAUCAUUGACCUUGAUCUUUCAUACAAUCUGUUAUCAAACUUUAGAGAAACAAUUCGCCUAUUACAAUGUAUAGAGAAGGUGGAAAUUUUGGAUUUAACAGGUAAUAUAUUCACGAGCGGUUGGGAGAUAUGUGAUAAGAGCAAAGUUGAAAUAAAAAAUGUAAGGCAUUUAAAUAUGGGAUCCUGUAGACUAACUUCACAAAACCUGCGAACUAUUUUUGCUGUAUUUCCAAACUUAGAAACAUUAAAUCUCAAUUCUAAUUGUCUUUCAGAUAUUAGUAAAAUAAAUAUAAAACUCCCGGACUCUCUACAGGAACUAAAUAUCAGCGGCAAUUCAAUUGAUUCGUUAUCCCCAAAUUUUGUCAAUUGGAGACUAAAGACGAUAAAAAUAUCUCACAAUUUGUUUACAAGCACAGACAAAAUGUUAAGGAAUGAGUUCAUUGAAGAAUUGGACAUAUCUCACAACUACCUUAAAAAUUGGGAGGAUCUAGAUACUCUGAAUGUGGGUUUUCCUAGACUGAAAUCCCUCAGAAUUGGCAACAACCCAUUAUCUGACGCAAUUGACAGUAGUGAAUCUGUAUUUUACGAGACAAUUUCCAGGUUUGAUAAGGUUUCCACUUUGAACGGUUCAACGAUAGACAAACCCUUAAGAGAGGAGGCUGAAACUUAUUUCAUGACAAAAGUAUCCUCAGGUGAAACAUAUUACGAUAGGAGUCUGGUCAGAUAUAAAAGGCUAGAAAAUAGAUAUGGUCUAAAAUGCAGCCCCCAAAAAAGGAUAAAUUCAUGGCUGGAUGAUAAUCUAAUCAAACUUACAGUCCUGGAACCUGAAUCUGGGGAAAAAAUGUCGGUGUGCAUUCUACGCACAUGGUCUGUUCGAUAUGUUAAAUCUAUAAUAUGUAAUCAUUUAAAUUCCAGCAUACUCGACACAGAGUUAUUUGUACCGAGAGGAUUGACAAAGGUAGACCUUUUAGACAGGGAUUUUAGUCCUAUAUCCGACUAUCAACUUGAUGAUAAUGAUGAACUUUGUAUAAAACUAACUAGCGAUGGAGUUAAAUAA